AGUAGCGCGCGCCGGCAGAGGAGGGCUGAGCAAGGCAAGGCAGUCUCUCCUGAGCACUGUUAGAGGGAGGAAGUGCGCUGCGUCGAGGUCUCGCUGGGAAAUACGCACCUCUGUUUAGUAAUACUCCUGCCUGGCCUGCUGUGUGCGAGGCGGUUACCUGUGCAACACCUGAAUACGUAAACUGGAAACACUGCGGCCAGAAAAUGUUUUGAUGCAGAAGUAUGCUAGUAGGGGUGACCAGGCUAAUAUGAAAGAAGCAUUCACUUAAAAAAAAAAAAAAAGAAAGCGAAGAAAAGGGGAAAAAAUACAUCCAGGAAACGUGAUAUACAAGGAAAAAUAGUACAGUAGAAGGGAAUACAGUGAUAUAAUCUUUGGAGAAUUCGUGGUGGUGAUGGUAUGCGAGUGGUGUGCAGAAAACUAUGAUGAUGAUUAUAUAUUUAGCUCUAGGAAGGUUUGAGAGGUGGUGCGGCGGACAGCUGGCUCCGGGGCAGGCUGUGUACUUGUGUGAGGGAAAGGCAUUGGUAAAUACACUUCAAUAAGGCUCUUUACUUGCGCCUGGACACGGAACACUUCACUUCUCUCUGCCCUCAGGAUGGUGGACACAGCCACAUGAAGUUCCCUUCGAGAUGACAGCAAGACAGGUGUGCUAACCCAAGUGUACCCCCUCUUGCUGCAAAGAUGGACCCGUUCCUGACCAACGCGCGGCAGUUCUUUCAAGGCCUGCCCACCCCCACCCGCGGGUAUGAUGGCUCCAGCCUGGAAGACACCACCCAUGCUCCGCCCACCCCCACGCCCCCAGCCACGCCCACACUGCCGCCAACACACGGCUACUACCCGUACCAGGUGGGCGGGAGUCUGGUGGGGGCAGUGCCGCCCACCAGCCUGCCCGGCCAGCUGCCCCAGAGCCGCCCCAUCACCCCCGCCACACCCUCACACAACGUCUCGUCUUUUCUACAGCCGCCUUCCACCAAGCCCUCGGCCAAUGACUCCCGCUAUCUGUCCCACCUGGACCCCAUGCGGCAGGUGUCUGCGGCCGCACCCUCCAGGCCACUUAACCCGGUGGCCGACACCCGCGCCACUUCGCGCUCCUACAGUCAGUCAUCACUGGUGAUGGACUGCUAUGCCAGCCAGGCCUACAGCACACCCUCCACGCUCCCCCACGACAGCCUGCAUACCCCGCGCUCUUACUCCACGCAGGCACCCUCUGCCCUGGAGCCUCAUUUGCGGUCAUAUGGGCUGCAGGUGGCCAAGGCGGAAAGCAGGUACCUGGGCCGCCACCUGCCCUCCCAGCUGCCUUCCGCCAAGGAUGUCAGGACACAUGCCAUCCCCUUCACCGCCCCCUCCCUGGCCCCCGACCCACGCACACACCACCUCGACAGCAAGUAUGCAUCAAAACCUGAGGCACGGCCAGACCUGCGAGGGCUGGAGGUGCGGCCCGACCCACGGCCAGACUACCGGCAUGAGCCGUGGCCGCCGGUGUGCCGUGCCCCCGAGGCCAAGGCCCUGGAGCGCCUGGCCACAUCCGUCCACACCGCUGCUGCCGCCACCACCGUCAACGGCUCCAAGGACGCCCUGUACCUGCGGCGGCGGCCAGAGGAGUCACCCCCGACCCGCCACGGGGACGACCCCUACAGGAAGGCCCCACAGGUCAAUGGCUCCCGGGAUCCCCUCUACGCCAAUGGCUCCCACACUGCCUACCCUGCACCCCUGCAGAGGGAGCCAUCCUCUGAGCGGCCUGUGGACCCCCACCCGAAGGAGGACCUGGCCCUAGACCUCUCUGUGAAGACGGUGCGGCAGACGCCGGACUCCACAGCCCCGGACCCAGAGAAGAGUGGCGGCGGCGGCGGCAGUGGCAGCAGCAGCAGCAGCACGUCGCCACUCAGCUCGGUUAGCAGCGACCGGCUGGCCCACAGUGAUGCGGCCAAGUGCAGCUCAAGUUCCAUUCCCUCGGCUGGCCCAGGGAAGGUGAGCAAGGGCCCCUCCCCUGUGCCCAAGGCUACCCACGCCAUGGGCGGCCUGCUGCGGGCCACACCUCCCAGCCACGUGCCGUCCCCGUAUGGGAUCAACGGCUCCCCUAGUCUCAUGCCCAAUGCCGCCGCCCUGGCCAGAGUUCCUCACAUGCUGGCAGCCACCAAACGCCCCGGAGACCCCUCCUACCCAGAGAGCCGCCCCAAGGUGCGCCGCAGCAGCUCCCCGGCGGGUAGGGCAGCAGUGGCAGUGGCAGCAUCAGCAGCACACCAGCACCCAAGCGCCCACUACCCACCUCACCUGAGUGACAAGAUGCUGUACAGCAGCCACAAGGAGGCAGAGCACAGCCGUGGCCUCAACCUGCUGGCCGGAGCAUCGCUGGCCAGCAGCAGGGAGGUUGCAGAGCGGCGGCAGCCCAGCGCUGAGCGGAGGGACCCGUCGGCCUUUGAGAGGAGAGUGAUGCGGGAGGCCAUGGCGGGGCGCAGCGAUGUUGCCCAGGACAGGAGGGAGGCGGCCCUGGAGAGGAAAGGAAUCGGCCUGGAGAAGUGGCCCCAGAACGCUGCCUACGAGGCGGCCUACCCCCCUGCCAAGCCCCCAGAAACCUUUGACCAGUACCGAGCGUGGCUGAACCCGCCUGAGCCAGCUGGCUCCAAUGGGGAGCGGUCCAAGUACUUGCUGGGACAGAGCCACCAUGCUGCCACCUCCGUCCCCUCCACCAUACCUCAGCAGGGGUCCAGGGUUCACCCCACCCAGCACCCCCACUCCUACCCCACCUAUGGCCGCCCCCCAGACAGACUACCUCACACCCCCUACUCCCAGGCUGCCCCCCCAGCACUCCCCUCCACUCCCCACCAACAGGCUGGCAUGAUGCCUCCCUCACAGGGCAAGCUGCACCAGCCUUACAGCUCCAGCAGAGCCUCACACAGCUCCUCUCGCAGCAGCAAUAGCAGCAGUAGCAGCAACAGCAGCAGCAGCAACAACAACAGUAGCAGCAACAGCAUUGGAAGUCACAGCAGCAGCAGCAGCAGCAGCAGCAGUCACCCUCAGUCCACCAGUGCGGUUGCCUCGCUCUACACCGCCACAUACCCCCCCACCAGCCAGCCUGCCCCCCACCUCCCCCAGCCCCACCACCAGCAGAAGCAGGAGCACCACCGGUCAUCAUCCCAGUACCUGGCCUACCCACACUCCACCAAGGGAGCUGCUGCACAGGGCUUCCCUACACCCCACCAGACCUACCCCUACUCCCACCACCGGCCUGAGUCCAACCACAGCUUGUACCCCCACAAGAGGGCCAGCCAGGUGUCCCCUCACCCAGCAAGUUCCCCACACCCCUCAGUGUCCCCCCACCCAUCAGCCUCCCCCCACCUGUCAGCCUCCCCUCACCCAUCAGCCUCACCCCACAUGUCGGGGUCCCCUCACCCACUGGCGGCCUCUCCACGCCCUGGGGUGUCUCCUCACCCAUCUCAGCAGGGAAGGACACCCCAGUCCUCCCCUCAUCCCGCCCAGAGGCUGCCCACCAGUUCCCCAGCGCAGCUCCCCAGUCACAACUAUCCCAACAGCCUGCCACCAAGCCCUUACUCCACCCACCAGACCACACCACCAUCCAGCACAGCCCCUCCAACUCACCUGGCCCACCCGACCCACCAGGCUAAGUCCCCAGGGUCUCACAUCCCCCAGCCACCCACACACUCAGCCACAGCCCAGCCACACAUCAGCAGACCCCAGCCAGCCAACCCACCCAGUGCCUCCCUCCCCCAGUACCCAGAGUAUCCCCCACAAGAUCACCUUCCACAGACACACCCCCUGCCCUACCCAUCCCACCUUCCCCAUGGGUACACCUCGCCCUACCUCCACCACAUCCAGUCAGCCACAUCCGCUCACACCCGCGCCCCUCACUCCACCCAGCCCUAUCCUUCCUCCCAGCUUCCCCCACCAGCCCAGCCACACCCACCAUCACAGCCUCACCAGCCUUAUCCAUCCAGCCAGCCUCACCCAUCUUCCAAAAUGCAUCCACCACCUUCCCAACAUCAUCCAGUUUCACAAAGCCACCCACCUUCCUCCCAGCACCAUCCACCUUCCUCUCAGCCAACAGCAUCAAAUUCCCACACUCAAUCUUCCACCUCAGAGGCUCAUCCACUUUCUCAUUCCUCAUCUUCCCAGCCACCUACAUCUCAGCUUCCCUCAUCCACCUCACAGACCCACACUCCACCUCAUGCCCAUCCUCACCCACCUGUGUCAGAGGCCCACACGCCAUCACAGGUUGCAACAUCCCAGUCAUACUCUUAUCCACAUACCCAAAGAGUCAACACCAGUGCCCCAGAUACUUCCCAGGCUACUCCACAUACAGCUCCACUUCAUUCCACCACGUACUCCCAAGCUUCCCAAACUACGCAGUCCACUUCACACUCCACGUAUGCUUCUUCUUACUCCCAGCUUAACUCUCAUUCCUCAAGCACUCACUCUCAGCCCUAUGCUCCUCCUCAUUCCUCUCAGUCCACCUCUCAUUCCACUUCUACCACUGUUCAUUCCUCACAACCUUCCCCUUCUCAUUCCACUCACUCACCUUCUUCCACUAACUCUGUGCCUGCCUUGUCCACGUCUUGUCCACCUCCCUCUUCCACCCAUACCACUUCUACCACUCAGCCCUCUUCCUCAGCCCAGCCACAGUCCACCUAUUCCACACAGCCCUCUACUACUCAUUCCACUCAAGCUUCUCCUAGUGCAUCUUAUCCACCUCAUUCCUCACAGCCUGCUACUUACACUUCUCAAUCCUCUUCUGCUGCUACUGCUUCUUAUCCACCUUCCACCACUAAUUCCCAGCCAUCUUCCACCCUACAUCCACCCUCCUCUUCUCAUUCCUCUCAGCCACCAUCUUCUUUUUCAUCUUCCUCUUCUCGUUCCUCACAGCCUCACUUGCCCACACCCACUCAGCCUCCAUCUUCCUCCACACACAUUCCACCCCAUUCAUCCCCCUCCUCACAUCCUAGUCAUGCCCCACCUCACAUCCCCACAGGUCAUUCCUCAUACACGCCCCCAGCAGCCCGUGUUCCAUCCCACAUCACUCAGCCACAUCACCCCCCUUCAACACCUCAUCUUAGUCACCCUCAGCCUCCUGCACAUCCUUCUUAUCCUCAUCCUUCCCAGGGUCCCACACAGGCUCCUCACCCAUCGCAUCCUAGCCAAGCUGCACACCCAUCUCAUCAUCCUCACAGUUCCUACACCCCUGCUCCCCCUCCUCCCUCACACCCUCACUCCUAUGCUCAAGGUUAUCAUCAUCCCACUCACCCUUAUCCUUAUCUCACACAAGGCCACCCACACCCCUCCCUUACACACUCCACCCCACCCACCACUCAGCCUUCUCAGACAUCACCCAGGUCCACCCCAGCUCCUCCCCACCCCCCAGCACACCAUCUUCACCCCUCCCAUCCUUACCCUCAGCAUUCUCAAUCCUAUUAUCCCCACCAGCCCUAUGCUCACUCCUCCCAGGGCCAGCCUCACGCCCCAGCCUCACACUACCCUCGCAGUCACACUCAGCCUGCCUCCCAGCCCGCCAGGAGUCAUUCCACACACUCCAUUCCUCCCCAGGUGCGGCCCCCCCACACCCCUGCCCAGCCUAGCCACUCCCUGUACCCUGCCCAGUCCCCUUCAGCCCCACACACUUCACAGCCUGGCCACAGACCCUCCCCCCACACCCCACAGACCCACCCUGCUCAAGCCCCUCCCCACCACCCCCAUUACCAGGCCACUAGGCUCCCCCACCCCUCUGUCAAGAUGGAGAGUGUCCCUGGAGGCUCUCAGUACAUGGGCUACAUGUACCCUUCCCCCCAGUAUGGCCACCCCCGGCCUGAUGCAGUCCCAGGGAAGGGCUACCCUGACCACACUGCACCCCAGCUUCCAUCGCCAGGCCCCAGGGUGUCCCAGGAGGGCGAUGUGUCCCGUGUGUACACAAAGGGUGAACAGAAAUCAUAUGACCCACCGAGUGGUGGGAUGGCAAAGCCAGAGUCCUGGUCAGCCCAUCCCACCAGUGCCCCGGCCACCGACACCAAGGAGGGUGUGCCUGAAGGCAGCGCUCGGCUGGCAGCUCACCCGGUGCUGCCCGCCCGGCCUGAGACACACAAAACUUCCACUGUGUUUGAGUUCAAAGAAGAGGAUAGCACGCAGCCAGAGCAGCCCCAAUCCAGCAGCAAAGUGUUGGAGCCGGGCAAGGCUGCACUGGCUGAGAAACUGCACAAGAAGAUCCACCGGGUGGAGAGCCAGGAGAACCUGGCAACCAAGAAGGAGAGCAGUCAGGAAUCUGCUCAGACCAAGAAGGAGGAGGUGAAGCCUGAGGAAAAUGAGUGGGAUUCUGGCUUUAAUAAGUUGCUGGAUGAUCUUGCCUCCAACCCUGACACUGUGACCAGCAAAAAGAGCAAGACGUUAGGACGGAGAUACUUGCAGAAGGUCCAAAUUCAGGAGGCCAUCGACAAUGACCUCAUAGCCCUGCCCGUGUCCUAUGCUGUGGAGGAGGAGGAAGAGGAGAGUGAACCAGAACCUCCAGUGAAAUUUAGAGGGAAGUUCAAAAGCAUAAAAGACAAGAAGGUGGAACGCCUCAUUCUGACUUACGCCUCACACUCAGACGAGAGUGCCACCGAGAUGAUUCCCGACGAGGAUGCCAGCGACUUCGAGGAGGAGUUGAAGCGGGAGAUACGUUCUAAAGACAAACGAAGAAGCCAACACAAGAAAUCCUGCAAGAACUAUGAGAGCAGUGGGAGUGAAGUCGGCCGCAAGUCAAGCAGCAGCAGGAAGAGCGGAGGCCGUGGACAGAACAAGGAGAACAAGCCAAAUAACAAACAAGACUUAGAAUAUUCAUACAGCAGCAGCAACAGCAGUGGCAGCAGCAGCAAUAGCAGUAGUGACAGUAGCGGGAGCGACUCCAACAAUGACUCGGACAGUGACGACUCGGACUCAGACGAGGAAUUGAAGCCAAAGAUAAGGAAGAACCGGCGAGGAAAGAAGUGGGACAGCGAGAGCACAGACUCUGAAGUGAUAAUUCCCAGACGUCGGACUCGAGGAGGCUACAGGUCUUCAAGCGAGGAGGAGGUAGUCUGCAAACCCUCACAGAAAAACAAGAAGAGAAGAAAGAAGCAAGACUCAAGUGACUCAGACGAUGUUCCGCCGAAAAUGAGGAGAGGGAAGAGGAAGAAAAAGCUUGACUCGGAUGAGGAUGAGUACGUGGCGCCGAGAAGAGGCAAGAAGAAAGCGAGCGGCAGAAAGAGACAAAAGAAAAGAAUACAGGAGGACUCUGAUGAGGCUUCUGAAGAGGAGGAAGAGGAGGAGGUGACAAAGAAGACAAGAUCAAGGAAGAAGAAAGCUCCAGUAACCAAAAAGAGCAGAAGUAAACGUCUAGUGAGUGAGUCGUCAUCUUCAGACUCGGAGGAGGAGGGAAGUGUGAGGAGAACCAAGAAAGUGACGGGCAAGAGGAAAAAAGGGAACAGGAAGAAACAGAAGAAGGAAGAUGACUCCAGUGAUAACUCGGACAUUCCAACCACCAAGAAGAGCCACUCAAAGACCAACAUCAUUGUGGAGAGUGACAACAGCGACGAUUCCAAGAAAAGUGAACUGGAAGAGAAGAAGGAGAGUGAAAAAUCUUCAUCAAAGGAGAAAUCUGAUGAGGAAAGUUCGUCGACGGAAAAGAUUAAGAAGGAAAAGAAAGUAAAGUCAGAAGAGGAGGAUGAAGAGCAGGAGGAAGAGGGAAGCAUCAAGGUUAAUGAAAAGCAACAAGAGGAGCAGGAGGAAGGGGAUGAGGAGGAGGAAGAGGAGGAGGAUGAUGAUGAUGAUGAACUUGAUCUCAGAAAGGAUUCAGUGGUGGAAAAACUCAAUAAAAUAAGAGAGGAGGAACAGAAAAGGGAAGAUGUGAAAGAGAUGAAGGCUUGGUUCAGUGAGGUGACCAGCGACAUGAAGAAGCAGCUUGGAAACAUGAAGGAGGUAGCUCUCAGGCACUGCUGGAAGAAGCCUCAGUUUGGGGCGGGGGAGGACUUCCUGCACGGGUGGCAGACAGACGUCAAGAAGUACAAGGAGUUGACUGGCAGGUUCCCUAAAAAACUGUGCCAGGCUGCCAAACACCAGGCUGCCCAGUCCCCAACCAAGGGGUCAAGUAAGAAGAACCGUGACCAUGACUCUGGAAAGGACCUGACCCAGAAGCAGGGGUCCUCGCCUGCCAAGAACACCCGCAGCAAGUCGGGCAUCAUCAAGACCAGCAUGUCUGUGGUGGAUGACGAGCGGCUGAAGGUUGCAGCACGGCCGGAGAUCAGCAGCGUCAUGCAGAGGUUCUUCGACAAGGUUCUGGCAGACUCCAGCAACGACUGCACCAAGGGAGGGCUCUCAGGGAAGAAAUUCCACCUUGGCCCGUUCUCAGGGUUCGGUGCCCAGCGCGUCCCAACUGGCCUCACCCCAACGCCCUCCGUGGCCCCGUCCAUGAUGGCCAGCGAUGACUCCGACCUGGACUCCCUUGCCAGCCUGAGGACGGACCUCCCAGCCUCGGACAGCAUCCCCGUGUCCAGGCGGUCCAUUGCCAGCAGCCUCCUCAAGAAGUUUGGACGGAAGUAUAACGACAAGAAGCUCAACGCCCUGUACCUGAACAAGCCCAGAUCCAUCCUGGCAGCCACCAACAAGCCCCAGCUGCUGCCCACACCUGGCAUGCCCACCACAGAGCAGGACCUCAAGGGCAUGUCACCCGACGAGCUGAAGAUGGCUACCUUCUUCAGGAGAGAGACUGUGAAUAACUACAGAGACAACUUUGAGGUGAUCGUGACCAAGAACGGAAUCAACGAGUUCAUCCCCAUAAUGUACCAGUCCAGGACGCGCAACAAGACCAAGCAGAUCCAGGACGCCGCCACCCUCAAGUCGGUGUUUGGCUCGGACAUUCCUCCACACCUCCUGAAGAAGGUGGAGGAGAUCAAGACCAAGAAGCAGCUCAAGAAAGCACAAAAGAAGGAGGAGGCAAAGGCAGGGACCAAGGAGGAUGGUUCCCCUGUCCCUGGGAGUCGAGCCAGCACGCCGGCGGGCUCCCUCAUGGCCCCAGGGGAGGAGGACGACGACUCAGAGCUAAGAAGUGAGCGGUCGGGGUCUGUGCUGGGCGAGUCUUCGGCCCCACAGGCGACCAAGCGGGCCAAGAGGAAGUUCAGGAAGUUCAGGAGUGGGUUUGACUACAUUAGAAAGAAGAAGAAAGUAAAGGCGGAUGAUGAGGCGACGCCAUCCAGGAAACGCAUUCCUGUCCGGAGGCACGUCAACUGGCCUGAGGAGAGCCGUGACGUGGCAGCCGAAGUGCGCAGCUGGGUGGUGAACAAAGGCCUGGGUGAGACAGUCCUACACAAAGCUGCCCGUCUGCAGUACCAUGAUGUGGUGGUGUACUGUGCUGAGAGUCCGGACUUCGACAUCAAUGUUCGGGACAAUGCUGGGUACACUCCCCUGCACGAGGCUUGCAACAGAGGCCACCUGGAUAUUGCACAGGUGCUGUGUGCCCACGGUGCCCAUGUCAAUGCCCCGGGCUACAAGGGCAUGCGGCCGCUGCACGAGGCUGUGGAGAACGGCCACGGGGAGCUGGCCCGCCUGCUGCUGGCCUAUGGGGCUGAUCCAGCCCUCACCACCUAUGCUGGCCAGACCUGCCUGGCUCUCUGUGCUGACACUCAAACCCUGGAGCUGAUGGAGGGCUACCUGGCAGACCUCAAGGGCUGGCCAGGCUCCAUGUGGCACUUCACUGGCCCAGCGAGACUCUUCGACCCCGAGGAGCAAGGGUGUGAUGUGUUCCGCAACAUCCCGGAAGGCAAGCUGAAGGCGAGGGAGAGCAGCUUGUGCCCAAAGAGACAAGCCGUGGAGAGUCCGGCGAAAACUCCUUGUGUGGUGAAGACCGAAGACGUGACCCAAGACUGCAGUGAAGAGAACACGCAGAAGAGUGUGGAGAAAGUUGCGUCAGAGACAGGAGGAGCUACCAAGGAAGGAGGAGACACUCCUUCUGGGGCAGAAAACAGCAGCAUGGUUCUGGUGUCCAUAAAGAAGGAAGUCAUGACUGAGGACCAAGUGGAAGGAGGGAAGGAGGAGGAGGAAUCACAAAAGGAGGAAAUGGAGAGAAACACUCAGGAAGAGAAGGAGGAGAGUGAGGAGUCAGACCUAGAGGAGAUGACAUUUAUGUGGAGUGAGGAGCCAAUAGUGGACAUUUAUGAGGUGGAGGGACGGCCGCACCAGUACUGCCUGCUGCGGGAGGUGACGCGGCAGCUUGGGGUGAGCCGCCGGGACCUCAUCGUGGCGGCCAAGACCAUCGAGACCCUGACGGUGUCCCCGGAGGAGUUUGAGAGCCGCGUGUACAGCUGUGUGUGUGGCACGUCGCGCUGGCAGCCGGACGGGGGCCGUGUGGAGCUGGUCCGGCUGACAGCUGCCCUGGAACGCCUGCUUGGCCUGCAGACGGUGGCUGUGCGGUGAGCAGCAGCGGCGGCGGCGGCCAAGAGGAGCACGGAGUCACUUUUUUACUUACGUACGUUGAUGUUUUAAUCGACGUUGCAUUUUCCCAAAUGCCGAGACCUUCACUUAGCAUUGUUACCGUGAUUGACAAUGAUUAAUAGGCCACGUUUGCAUGUGUGUGUGUACGUGUGUGUGUGCGUGUGUGUGCUUCAUGUUUGUGUACAUGUUAUACAUGUACACAUACAUGAAAUAAUAUUCUGCAGAGAUAACUUACUCUGUGAUACAUUUUAUCAAAGAUUUACAUAAACUGUGAUAGAUCUCGAGGAGGGAUAGAGUGAGAGUGAGAGAGGCAGAGGGAGGGAAGCCCAGCAAUGGCAAGGAGACAACUGCCCUGUUUUUUCCACGCCACAAAGACCUCGGCUGCCAGAGACUAUUUUUACCUUGACGUGUUGGCCAGGCGGGGCCGAGGCGUCGGUGGCGGGCGGGCGAGUGCAAUGGGCAGGCGGGGCGAGGCGGGGCCCUGCCGGUGGUGCGAGAGAUUACUACUCUGUACAAAUGAUGCUUACCACAGGCUAGCAGUAGUGUACAUAACGAGUCUGGGUGUUAGUAGCAGAACCUUCACAUCAGAUGACUGUUAAUAAAUGUUUUAAUGAAAGAUUAUUAAUUAUUAUUAUAAUUAUUAUUAUCAUUAUCAUCAUCAUGAUCAUUAUUUCUGCUGCUGCUGCUGCUGAUGCUGCUGCUGUAAUAUUAUAAUAAUUAUUAUUGAAGUAACUUAUCUUGCUUGUCGUGUGUCUGUCUGUGUGAGUAUGCAGAUGUGUGAGUAAUGUGCAAUUGAACUUAAAUAUAUUUUCUAUGUAAUGUAUUGCCAUGUAAAUAUAUAUUCAGAAAUAUAUA